UGGCAGUAGUCACUGUUUUGAAUUUUAUCAGUGACGUGUCUGGCUAUCCACCCAGUUGAAUGCUCAAUGCUUUGCUGCAGAGCGAGAGAGAAUCUGGUCCUCAAUCUAGAAUCCUGGAGAAAUACACAAGCAAAAUUUUACUUUUUAAUCAGGCAUAGCUAUGGGAAUUAGACCGUCCGGCUACCAAAACCAAGCUCUCAUUCCUUACUAUCUAAAGCCAGUCCAUUUUGCGACAUUGACUUUGAAAAACUGCCGUUGGAAGAAAUGUCAGUAUUAAAAAUAUAUAAUUCAAUAAUGGGGGUACUCUGUUGUUGCGGGGAAAACGAUGCGUCUCACAUCAAAUGAAAGGUAGUAGCACAAUUGUAGAAAUGGGCUAAUUUUGGGUGCUUUUAUUUGUUUCAAAAGGCAAGAAUAAUGGCAAGAAUUUUCAUGAGUCUCGCGUAUUGUUUCAGACCAUGGCUAAUUGGGAAAAUGUACCUGAGCCAUAAAGACUCGCCAUCAUCAAAAUUUCAGCUUUUCUUUGUGUUUAUUGGUGGCAUUUCCGCUCAGCUUGAGCAAGCCUCCAAUGAAGUUGUAGUGUCCCUCCCUGCUGGAACAUAUCGUCACACAGACAAGACGACUGGGGAGGAGCUGACAUGUGACAAGUGCCCUGCUGGGACCCACAUUUCCAGGCACUGCACAGAAACCAACUUGAGGGAGUGCAGCCCAUGUCGGAACGGGACCUACACUAAACACGAAAAUGGAAUUGAACGAUGUCACCGAUGCAGGAAACCCUGCAAAGCACCCAUGAUUGAGAAAACAACUUGCACUGCCUUGUACGACCGUGCGUGUGCUUGUCCACCUGGCUUCUAUAUCGAUCAAGACACCUGCAAACACCACACGGAGUGCCCCAAAGGCUCGGGCGUCAGGAAGAAGGGCAGCGAGUUGGAAGAUGUCAAGUGUAGACAGUGCUCUCGGGGAACUUUUUCUGAUGUACCUUCCAGUGUACUGAGGUGCAGGACCCAUACAAACUGCUCUGCACAGGGUCUUGUCGUCAUCACACUGGGAACUAGAGAAUCCGACAAUAUCUGUGGUACUUCAUAUGCACUUUCUUCUGAGGAAAUCCCCAAGGUUUCUUCAGUUGCCUUUUCUGAAAAAAAAGAUUUAACAUCGGGUGCUCAUGCCAGUGCUAUAAAACCAACUUGGAUCAGCAUGGUCACAAAACCACUUCACAAAACUAAUGGUAACGUACCAAAUAACAGUGGGACGUCUGCAGCCACAGAGCACUAUAGAGGAACAAAACCACCGCCAAGCCACCAAAACCAACACCAGGAGCACCACAGCCGCCUGUCCAUCACCAAGCUGCAGCCUGUAAUGGACACAGUGGAGGACAGUGUGGUGCACAGCCCAGGCUUCAAACCUACAAGAAGGGGAUCCCCAAGACCGAGCUUGCACAAGCACUUUGACAUUAAUGAGCACCUGCCCUGGAUGAUAGUCCUUUUCCUGCUGCUGAUGCUGGUGGUGAUUGUGGUCUGCAGUGUCAAGAAAAGCUCAAGGGUGCUAAAGAAGGGGCCCAAACAGGAUCCAAGCAGUAUUGUGGAAAAUGCGAUCCAGAAAAAGCCAAGUACCCCCACUCAGAAUAAAGAGAAGUGGAUAUACUAUUCCAAUGGACAAGGUGUAGACAUACUUAAACUGGUGUCAGCACAGAUUGGUAGCCAGUGGAUAGAUAUGUACCAGUUUCUAGCCAACGCAACAGAGAGGGAGGUGGCAGCUUUCUCUAAUGGGUACAAGGCAGAUCACGAGAGAGCGUAUGCAGCUUUACAGCACUGGACUAUAAGAGACCAAGAUGCCAAUCUUGCUAAACUCAUCAAUGGUCUACGAAGGCACAGGCACAACGAUGUAGUGGAGAGGAUUCGGGGGGUGAUGGAGGACAAUCCUCAGUUGGAUGUAAACAAGCUGAUUAUGGCUGUGAAUGUGAACCAAUGCCUCAGUCCCACCCACAAGCCUGCAGAGCCAGCUCAGGUUAUCGUAGAGCCUUCUCCGGUGGACAAGUUGAAAGGAUUCUUUGCUGAUGAAUCAGAACCUCUGCUGCGCUGUGACUCCACUUCCAGUAACAACUCUGCUCUUAGCAGGACAGGUUCAUUUAUUACCAAAGAAAAGAAAGAUACAGUAUUGCGACAGGUGCGCCUGGACCCUUGCGACCUGCAGCCAAUCUUCGAUGACAUGCUUCACGUUCUGAACCCAGAAGAGCUCCACGUGAUUGAUGAGAUCCCUCAGGCGGAGGACAAGCUGGAUAAACUCUUUGAGGUUGCUGGUGUGAAGAGCCAGGACGCCAGCCAAAAGCUCCUCGACUCUGUGUACAGCCACCUGCCUGAUCUACUGUAAACACACCGCCAGUGAUGGGAUUUCACUUCACUCGUCACAAACUGGCUGAGUGACUAGCAUAAAAUGGGAAUGUUGCAAGUAAAACCUGAACAGGUUAUGUGAGAUAAGGCCAGUAAAUGUUGUCUUGGGGCAGCUGUUAUGCUGCAGUGCCCUUGAAAUACAUCAUGCUUUGGGUUCAAUGUAGCUUUUGAAAAUGUUCCCCUUAUUCAUGUCAUAGCUUCUAUUAGGUUUUUCAUUAAUAAGAUAAUGUCUGCAUUUUAUAUAUACAGUGCCAUGAAAAAGUAUUUACCCCCUGUCUGAUUUUCUGCUUUUUUGCAUAUUUUUGACACUGAAUGUUAUCAGAUCUUCAACCAAAACCUAAUAUUAGAUAAAAGGGACCCUGAGUGAACAAAUAACACAAACAAUUGAUACAUAUUUCAUUUAUUUAUUAAAGAAAGUUAUGCAACACCCAAUGCCCCUGUGUGAAAAAGUAAUCGCCCCCUUAGACUCAAUAACUGGUUACGCUACCUUUAGCAGCAAUAACUGCAACCAAACGCUUCCUGUAGUUAUCUCACAGCACCGUGGAGGAAUUUUGGCCCACUCCUCCAUGCAGAACUGCUUCAACUCGGUGACGUUUGUGGGUUUUUGAGCAUGAACCACUCGUUUCAGGUCCUGCCACAACAUCUCAAUGGGGUUUAGGUCUGGACUUUGACUAGGCCAUUCCAAAACUUUAAAUUUCUUGUUCUUCAACCAUUCUGAUGUAGACUUGCUUGUGCGUUUCGGAUCAUUUUCUUGCUGCAUGACCCAGCUGCUCUUCAGCUUCAGCUCACGGACGGAUGGCCUGACAUUCUCCUGUAGAAUUCUCUGAUACAGAGCAGAAUUCUUGGUUCCUUCAAUGAUGGCAAGGCGUCCAGGUCCUGAUACAGCAAAGCAUCCCCAAACCAUGACACUAUCACCACCAUGCUUGACCGUUAGUAUGAGCUUCUUACUGUGGAAUGCAGUGUUUGGUUUUCGCCAGACAUAACGGGGCCCAUGUCGGCCAAAAACUUCCACUUCUGACUCAUCUGUCCAUAGAACAGUGUCCCAGAACUCUUGAGGAUCAUCCAGGUGCUUUUUGGCAAACUUGAGAUGAGCAUUCAUGUUCUUCUUAGUGAGCAAUGGUUUUCCUUGCUACUCUGCCAUGAAUCCCAUUUUUGCCCAGUGUCUUUCUGAUGGUGGAGUCAUGAACACUGACCUUAGCCGAGGCGAGAGAGGCCUGCAGAUCCCUGGAUGUUGUUCUAGGGUUCUUUGUGACUUCCUGCACAAUUUUACGCCUUGCUCUUGGAGAGAUUGUGGCAAGACGGCCACUCCUGGGAAGAUUCAUUACUGUCCCAAACGUUCUCCAUUUGGACAAUAUGGCUCUGACUGUGGUUCGGUGGAGCCCCAGAGCCUUAGAAAUGGCUUUGUAACCCUUUCCAGACUGAUAGGCAUCAACAACUUUUUUCCGGAGGUCUUCAGGAAUUUCUUUUGUUCGUGGCAUGAUGUGCCUCUAGAACCUGUGUGCUGACAACUUCACUCUGAUGGUAAGGGCCAAAGUUAGUCAGAUUUAUAUUGGGCAGGGCUUGCCCAAAUCAGGCCUGGUUGUUAACCAAAGUACUCAAACAGCUGAUCCUAAUUAUCCCUUUAAUUGGGUUGAGUUAACUAUGGGGGAGGGGCGGCAAUAACUUUUUUUACCCCUGAAGAUUGCAUGUUUGAUUACCUUGCACACCAAACAAAUGAAAGAAGCACCAAACUUUGAUGUCAUUUUUUCUCUCAGACUUCCUCUAUAUACUUCUACAACCCACAAAAAAAUCUGGCCAAAUACAAUGUGAAAAAUGUGCAAAAAUGCAGAAAAUCAGACGGGGCAAAUACUUUAUCACGGCACUGUGUGUAAUAUAUAUAUAUAUAUAUAUAUAUAUAUAUAUAUAUAUAUAUAUAUAUAUAUAUAUUAGUGUACAAAAUUGAAGGCAUAUGAAGGUUUUUAAAUAUACACAAAAGGUUUAAAAGAUUUAAAAAAUAUUUUAUUUUCAGGAUGUCCCGGGCAAAAGCCCUCCAGCUGUUUAAAAAGAAAAAUAAACAGUGCCAAUGGUAUGUUAAACAUGAGGAAAAACUAUAUAUAUAUAAUAUAUAUAUAUAUAUAUAUAUACAUUUUUGGUGUGGGUGUAUUUUAUUAAUUUUAAUGCUGACUGAUUAACCUGUAUGUAAUUUAUGCCUUAUUUUAUAGCUUCUUAAAAUGGUAUGGCAUUCUGCCAAAUCUGCUUUUAUUGUCCAUGUUUCUUGCAGUGUUUUUUGCUUACUGUAUGUAUAUAUUUAUUUGUAAUGCAUAAUACAUUUUGUUUUGUAGAUUCACGAUUUAUUGGGCAUUUUGACUCAUUUUACAAGUUCAUUGCUUAGUUUACUAAUUUAUAUUCAAAUGUAACACUAAAGAUCCACGUUCAACGUCUGCUCCUGGAAUUAGGUGGGCGCACUUGUUAAUUGUUUUAAAUGAAUGCAUACCUGGCAGUUCCUUCGUUGUACUUCUUUAAAAUGGAAAUGGAAACUAUUUAGAUAAUUAUGAAACAAGAACAACAGUGAUGAAGUUACUUAUUCCUGGUAGAAAUGUUUAGGCUGUAUUUGCUUCACCAGUCAGGGUGAUAUAAGCCAGCUAUAUAUCAAGCUGCACUGGUGCUGGACUUUAGAUACCCUGGAGGUACUGGUCUUAUUGUAAGAACAACUCUGAUAGUUUGUCAGAGUUUUUUUUUUUUUUUAACUAAUAUGGCCUGAAAUGGCAAGAAAGAAUGAUAUUAUGCAGACAAACUUCUGUGGAAUUCAUUAAAGAGAGUCACAGAUUUGCCUUCUAGCCUGGCACUGAUGUACUGAAGUAUAAAUGUGUUUCUUACUAAGAGUUGCUGAUGUUUGCCCCUUGUAUUCUGGUGGCUGUUUUAGUAUUUGACAAUUGUAACCAAUAACCAUAUUACUACUGUAACAUGUUGCAUCAAGCCAAUAAAGUUCAAAUCUUUGUCAUAAUGA